AUGGAAAACCGUGCGCUAACAGCUGUUGAGUAAAGGUUAACAAGUAGAAAGUUUAUGUCAACUGUAACGUAGAUGUACUACAUUGAUAAGACGAUAGAAUUUUAGCUGAUGAAAUCGCCAUCGUAUAAUGUCUUCUUCGGUAGAAACGAAUACUACCAUCGACAUGGAGAGGAAAAAGGGAAAACCCUCGGAAACACGAGGUCUGCGGGCCAACAACUCACCACUCAUGACUGCCAGGGCACAGCCAUCCAACAUGACGAGUUUAUCUUACUGUGCUAUCUUCAUAACUUUAGAAGUAGCCAAGCAAGUCGUAACGUACGCCACGAGACAUUACAACAACGGCGUCUAUCCUAUAUCUUCCUCGGCUAUCGUGUGUUGUAUUGAGCUAGUCAAAUUGUUGAUGGUUUUGAUACCGGUCAUGUUUACCACUGGUCUGUCGUCGUUUCGGCCGUCCAUCGUGUUCGCAGUGCCCUCUAUCAUAUACUGCGCGAAUAACAACCUGUACCUGGUCGCUCUGAACUACACCACCCCUCCGACCUGGAAUGUACUGAUCCAGUCUCGCGUGAUCAUGACGGCACUCACCUAUAGGAUCAUCUUUGGGAGACAGAUCUCCGUUGUCCGCUGGGUGGCGCUUCUGCUGCUCAUGCUGGGCAUCGCGCUUGCGCAGCUGGCCGGGUCGUCCUCGUCCCCAGCGUCCCAGGACAUCUACGUUCUUCCCCAAGCUCUCGGUCUCAGUCUAGUCAGCGCCGCCAUCUCCACAGCGGCCUCUAUCAUCACCGAGUACCUGUUCAAAAACGACAAGCGGCCGUUCAUGGAACAGCAGGUCCAGAUGUACGCCUUCGGCUUCCUCAUCGCCAGUAUCUGGUCCGCGGUCGCCACCAAAGGCGACGUCUUCAAGAUCAGCGGGACGGAAUCUUUGAGGUCCGACAUAGUCUUCCUGCUGGUCGCAGCGAUUCUGCUAGGUGGCGCUGGCGGACUGGCUGUUGCAGCAAUCAUCAGGUCGUUGGACAACAUCGUGAAGAUCUACUCUGCCUCCAUCUCCAUCCUGAUGACCGCCGCGGUCUGCAGCUUCCUGUUCCCGGAGAAGUUCAUCCUCAACACCGCCUUCGUCAUCGCAGUCCUGCUCAUCCUGGUGUCCUCCAUCCUGUACGACAGACAGGACCUCAGCAACAUCCUCCCGGCAAACAUGCGCGUCCCCAGCAGACAAAAGUUCCACUCCUUGUAG